AGAUGGCGGCAAGCGCAUUUCCGGCGUGUGUUCUUUCGGCUGCGUCCGUGCGGCUGCUGCAGAUACCACCCAGCGGGUUCCAGCCCCUUUGCAGCAUACACUACAACGGUGAUGGCGGGCCGACGACCCGGCUGGAGCCGGGUGGCACUUCUGCAGCUCCUUCUUGGCGUGAAUCUGGUAAUGCCACCCACCCAGGCCCGGAGUCUGCGCUUCGUAACCUUGCUGUACCGACAUGGAGACCGUUCACCAGUGAAGACAUAUCCCAAGGACCCCUAUCAGGAAGAAGAUUGGCCCCAGGGGUUUGGUCAGUUAACCAAGGAGGGGAUGCUACAGCACUGGGAGCUGGGCCAGGCUCUGCGACAGCGCUACCAUGGCUUUCUAAACACCUCUUACCACCGGCAAGAGGUUUACGUACGAAGCACAGACUUUGACCGUACUCUCAUGAGUGCUGAGGCCAACCUGGCUGGACUCUUCCCUCCCGGCGGGAUGCAGCGCUUCAACCCAAACAUCUCAUGGCAGCCUAUCCCUGUGCACACUGUGCCCAUUACUGAGGACAGGCUGCUGAAGUUCCCGUUAGGUCCAUGUCCCCGUUAUGAGCAGCUGCAGAAUGAGACCCGGCGGACACCAGAGUAUCAGAACGAGAGCAUUCAGAAUGCACAAUUUCUGGACAUGGUGGCCAAUGAGACAGGGCUCACAGACCUGACACUGGAGACUGUCUGGAAUGUCUAUGACACGCUCUUCUGUGAGCAAACACACGGGCUGGUCCUGCCGCCCUGGGCCUCACCCCAAACCAUGCAGCGUCUGAGCCGGCUAAAGGACUUCAGCUUCCGCUUUCUCUUCGGGAUCUACGAGCAGGCAGAGAAGGCCCGGCUUCAGGGGGGAGUCCUGCUGGCUCAGAUACGGAAGAACCUGACCCUAAUGGCAACCACCUCCCAACUCCCUAAGCUGCUGGUUUACUCUGCGCACGACACCACCCUGGUUGCUCUGCAAAUGGCACUGGACGUCUACAAUGGUGAACAAGCCCCUUAUGCCUCCUGCCACAUAUUUGAACUGUACCAGGAAGAUAAUGGGAACUUCUCCGUGGAGAUGUACUUUCGGAACGAGAGUGGUAAGGGCCCCUGGCCGCUGAUCCUGCCUGGCUGCCCUCAUCGCUGCCCACUGCAGGACUUCCUUCGCCUCACAGAGGCUGUCGUGCCCAAGGAUUGGCAGCAGGAAUGCCAGCUGGCGAGUGGUCCUGCAGACACAGAGGUGAUCGUGGCUUUGGCUGUAUGUGGCUCCAUCCUCUUCCUUCUCAUAGUGCUGCUCCUCACCAUCCUCUUCCGGAUGCAGGCCCAGCCUCCUGGCUACCGCCACGUCGCAGACGGGGAAGACCAUGCCUGACAACCACUCAGCCCGCUUCCCUCUGCCUCCUAGGGGAGGUGGGCUGGGCCCUUGCUCCUGACUGUUGCUGCUCAUCAGCCAUGGACAGGAGACCCCAGGUUGGGCCUCCCUCUCAUUACCCCAGCCAUAUGAGCAAGUGGGGCUUGGCUUGGCUAUGGCACCUGUCACUCAGCAUCCACACGUCUGAUGUUUAUCAAGUACUGUGUUGGACAUUGGCUUUCUCCAAACAGGAUUUGCCUCCACGCUCCCUAAGUACCUGAGAUGUAAGCAGGUAUUCAGUUUUCACUCAGGACCUGGGAUAAAGAAACUGACAGAGUGGUGCCUGAUCCGCCUUGCUCUUCCAUCAAGCCCUGCUCUUUCUCUUCCAGCCUGGGGUCUUUGGCAAUUAGCUCAGAGGCCAGUUUUGCCUCUCAGUGCUUACUUUAGUAGGAAAAACUGCACAACGCUAGGGGUACAAACAUUGGCUACCAAGGAACUGGAUCAGUCACCCCUUCAGCUUGAGCAGAUCAAAGGGUAUUUGUACUUGGGGGACAGUGAAGACUGCGGGGGCUGAAUUGUCACAUAGAAUCAUGAAAUGUUCUCCCCUUGAGCAGAGCUGGGGUCUCCGGGGACCUGAGGUCACUGCAGGUUGUGAGUGGCACAGUUCCUGACUGUGGCCCAGAACAGGGCUGAGGCAACUCCCAGAGAAUGAAAGUUUUGGACUGUUAGUGCUGUUUCUGUGCUCCUUUUCAUUUCUGAGACCCACAGAACCCUUCGACCACGGCACUCCCAGAAGAUCCACUCAGCUCAGCUGGAUAUGGUUUUAUUGGCCAUGUCAACAGUGAGCACAAAUCAAAAAAUACUACCUGAUCACUCUGCUAUUGUACAUAAGAGAGGAGAAAAGCAGCUUGGCUCCAGGCUAGAUACAGCAGGGACCCUUGGGACAGCUAGGUCACCAACUUUGGAGAAGUUCCUGGAGCUAAGUCCAGAGUAGUAACGUGCCAGCGUCCCAGUCCCGAAAUGCCCAAUGCCACAGUGCCCAUGCUCCAACCCUAAGACUUGAAUACUUUUGGACCUUUAGCAAACAGCCACCUCUUCGUGUAGGACUUGCUCCCAUUGUGGGCUCCAAGCCCUUGUUUGGCCCACACCUUCUUUAGUGUCUUCUCAUUUCUGUGUCCCAUUUUCCUCCUGGCUCCAAAUGAGAAUGUGAUAACCUAGGAGGAGGGAGACCAGUCUGACUUGUACCUUCCAUCAUCAGUCUCUGAGAGCUUGGGGCUGGCCCAGGGCACCCAGGAUUUGGUAAGGAAAUACUAGAAAACUGGGCAGCAGCCAGGCAUUGCCAUGACCAAGACAAAGCAAGAGGGGUGGAGGGCCUAGGCCAAAGGGACUACUGUCAUCUUUACUGGCUGCUGCCCUGAAGCGAAUGCAGCAGGGCUAGGCUGAGGUUAGCCUGCACUGAACCUUGGGGAGCAGGGUUGGGCUUGGCCAGUCUGAUACAUCCUGCUUCUACUCACCCAUUGCAGAGGCCAGCGUGUCCCCCAUGGGAUUGAACUCAUUGAGCUGCAGAGAUAAGAAUAGCAGCAUGAGGAGGGGGUGAAGGUAUUGACAGACAAACAAGGGCAGACAAGGAGUAAUUUCUGGUCAUUUUUGGUCAAUAAAGUAGGUUGAAUCCCU